UAGGGUUUUCUCAGACCUGUUGGAAGGCGAGGGCCGACUGCCGCCAGAGGAGUGCUUUGGUAGUUUGGAGGAGGAGAAGGAUGUCUCACAGGAAGUUCGAGCAUCCCAGGCAUGGUUCCCUUGGAUUCCUCCCGAGGAAGCGUGCAUCCCGCCACAGAGGAAAAGUUAAGGCUUUUCCCAAGGAUGAACCAAGCAAGCCUUGCAAGCUUACUGCAUUUCUCGGUUAUAAGGCUGGGAUGACCCAUAUUGUCAGGGAUGUUGAAAAGCCUGGCUCAAAACUUCACAAGAAGGAGACAUGUGAGGCAGUAACAAUUAUUGAGACUCCACCCAUGGUGGUUGUUGGAGUGGUUGGUUAUGUGAAGACCCCACGUGGUCUGCGUUCAUUGAACACUGUAUGGGCCCAACAUCUGAGUGAGGAGGUGAGAAGGAGGUUCUACAAGAACUGGUGCAAGUCGAAGAAGAAGGCUUUUACGAAAUACUCCAAAAAGUAUGAAAGUGAUGAAGGGAAGAAAGAUAUUCAUGCACAGCUUGAGAAAAUGAAGAAGUAUGCAUCUGUUAUAAGGGUUUUGGCUCACACUCAGAUCAAGAAAAUGAAAGGACUGAAGCAGAAGAAGGCACACCUUAUGGAGAUCCAGGUUAAUGGUGGGACUGUUGCUCAGAAAGUGGAUUAUGCUUAUAGCUUCUUUGAGAAGCAAAUUCCUAUUGAUGCUGUUUUCCAGAAGGAUGAGAUGAUUGACAUCAUUGGCGUGACAAAGGGUAAAGGUUAUGAAGGUGUUGUCACGCGAUGGGGUGUGACUCGCCUUCCACGUAAGACUCACAGGGGUCUGAGGAAAGUGGCAUGUAUCGGUGCGUGGCACCCUGCCCGGGUUUCAUUCACUGUUGCCAGGGCUGGUCAGAAUGGAUAUCACCACCGAACUGAAAUGAACAAGAAAGUUUACAAGCUUGGCAAAGCUGGGCAGGAAGGCCACACCGCCAUCACUGAGUUUGACAGAACCGAGAAAGAUGUGACGCCCAUGGGUGGCUUCCCGCACUAUGGUGUAGUGAAGGAUGAUUAUUUGAUGGUAAAGGGAUGCUGCGUUGGGCCGAAGAAGAGGGUAGUUACGCUUCGUCAGUCGCUGCUCGCACAGACUUCUCGUUUGGCCCUUGAGGAGAUCAAGCUUAAGUUCAUUGACACAUCUUCGAAGUUCGGACAUGGACGUUUCCAGACCACACAAGAGAAGCAGAAGUACUAUGGACGCCUGAAAGCAUAAUAUUCCUGGUUAGUGAAAUGGGGCUUCUUCUUGACGUCUCCAAAGGCAUGCAUUUAUUUGGACCAGAAAUGUCUUUUUGGAUAUUAUUGAACUGCCUUGAUGCAAGUUUUGUUUCGUUAAAGAGAUUUUGAGUUUUGAAUAUUUUGGAUGGUAAUUUUUAUAUUUACUGUUGCUUGCCAGUUUGUUCGCCAGAAUGAUCGUAAUUUUUGGUCCAUAUUGGUGAGAGGUGAUUUGGAAUGUUAGUAUAUGAUAUUGAGGAACUCGUAGGUUUCUUCUUAA